AAGGAUUGAACUGAGGUUGUAUUGUAUGUAGCUAUGGACUGUUGUUAUAGGGGAAUAGCGGUGAGGUGUAAAAGGAAAGGGCAGGGUGUACUACGUUGUACAGCAGUAGAGAUAUGAAACUGUGAUACGUGGUACAAGAGAAAAGACUCCAAAACCGUGACAGACUAGCUCACAUACUGAAGUUAAACAUUCGACUCGGUUGUCAGCUACGAAGUGGGAUGUUAGACCUUAAGAUGAUCUCCUCUUCAGCUUUGCAAAUCAGCUUCAAUGAAAUGCAAGGUAGACUAGACAGAUACGUAUAUGGACAAGAGACGAGUUUGGCCAGGAUUGAGACACUCGUUGCACGUUCUGCCGGAAUCGGCCAACUUGUGAGCACUUGUCUGCACUUUGACUACGACAUUGCUGACAUUUCACACACAGGUUCAAGGUAUACAAGACUUCAGAUCGAACGAAGCGAGCAAGCAUAUCAACUACGAGAUGCAAAAAUUGACGGAACAGGGGAUCAAAGAGAACGGACUGAUAAAACGACUCACGGAACAAUCUACAAAGGAUACCCGGUCUAUGAUGACAAUCGCCUUGAUCUCUGCUAUAUUCUUACCUGCGACCUUUCUAGCAGUAAGUCGCUCCUGCUCAUCAGCUGACCACGUCUUGUGACUGAUUGAAAGCUAGACCUUAUUUGGAUCCAAUUU